CAAGGCUUCAAUAUCAAAUUACAGUUACAAAACUUUAACACAAUAAUCCCCAAGAGAGAGAGAAAAACACACAGAAGCUAAAUCCACACACUAAAAAAAACCCAGAGAGGAGAGAGAGUGUGUGUGGCAUCUAGAGAGAGAGAAUUGAAGAACAUCAAAGGGAAAAAAAUGGCACAAGCACAACCACCUGGCGAAAAGCCCCAAGAGGUCCCAGAUAUGGAGGUGAAAGAAAACCCAAGAAGUCCAUCCUUCACAUUUAAUGCACAGGCACCUGAAUUUGUGCCAAGAUCACAUGCCCAGAUGCCCAUUUCUGGUUAUUUCUAUCCCUGCUUUCACUUUCUUGGUGACAGUACUGCUUCCCCUGAUUGGUUUUACAUUGGGGACCAAGACUUGCCUCCUUACCUGAUCUCCAAUAAUCCCAAUAUCAAUCCGCUUUCCAAUCGGUCCAAGAACGCGCUCCCAGAUGAUCUUCAACAGAAGAUCAUUAAGCAGGUGGAGUACCAGUUCAGUGACAUGAGUCUGCUGGCAAAUGAAUCCUUAGCGAAACACAUAAGUAAAGAUCCCGAAGGAUUUGUUCCAAUAUCUGUUGUUGCCUCCACCAAGAAAAUGAAGUCACUUACUAGUAACAACCAUAUGCUCACGCAAGCACUGCGGUCUUCUUUAAAGCUUGUUGUAAGUGAGGAUGGCAAGAAGGUUAGACGUAAGCGUCCUUUUACUGAAAAGGACAAAGAGGAAUUGCAGUCUCGCACCGUUGUGGCAGAGAAUUUGCCUGAAGAUCACUCUCAUCAAAACCUAGAGAAGAUAUUCAGUGUGGUUGGAAGUGUGAAAACUAUCCGAAUAUGCCAUCCCCACGAAUCCAAUUCUUCCCGCUCCAAAGGCGAUUUCAUUAUCAGCAACAAGCUGCAUGCACUUUUGGAGUAUGAGACAAUGGAAAUAGCAGAGAGAGCGGUUGAUAAGUUGAGCGAUGAAAGGAACUGGAGAAAAGGGCUCCGAGUAAGGAUGCUGAUCAGAUGCUCGCCAAAGUCUGUUUUGAAGAGCAGAAAGUCUGAUUUCGAUGGCAUUUUAGAGGAUGAAGAACCACCGUAUGAUUGCGCAGUAGAAACUUCUCACCCAAUCAACCCUGAAUUGGUCAUUGAUAGUCCUAAUGUUGAAGAAAACUCCGCAUUGUCCAAGAAAGGAUUGGCCUGGGGGCGUGGUAAGGGACGAGGACGCGGGCAGAGCCAGAGCGGCCGUGGCCUGAUUGCCCCGUCUCCGCUAUCAAGCAGCACCAUCCAGUGUGAAGCAUCUGCAAAACUGAAUUCCAAAGGACCAAGAAUGCCGGAUGGGACUCGAGGCUUCACCAUGGGAAGAGGCAAGCCAGUAAGCGCCGUGAAUUCGCCGUAGGAGAGUGAGUGAUUUUGACGUUACUAGAAGAAUAUGCAUAUGGAUCUCUGCCUUCCCUAAUUAAGGAGUCUUGAGAAGAAGGGGGAUUUUGGUUAAGCAGCCAUUAAUAUGUGAAAUGGGUAAUUUGUUUAUUGAUUUUAAUUGAGAUGUAUAUUAUGGUAAACAAAUUUUGGGAUGCCAUUAGCUCUGUGCUGUUAUCUAGACCCCAUAGUGAUCACCUUUUUUGUUUGGAAUGUUGUUUUUCUAUCGAGGUACUUUGCA